AUGGCCCCAAAAUUUAAAAAACCCGAUCCAAAACCCCAACCAAAAACAACAACUCCAAACUGGCCUCCCCUCCGCCCCCUCCUCCCCGCCGCCGAUCUAACCCUGACCCCCCUCCUCACCGACCAAAUCUACCUAAUCCGCAACUUCCUCUCAGGCACUCUGUGCAAAACCUACGCCUCAUUCCUCGCCUCACUACCACUAACAACAACACCGGGAGCCCCAAAGAAAGACAAGGCAUUACGCGUCAACGACCGGUUCCAGAUCGACGAUGCGCGGUUUGCGGAGAUGCUGUGGAGCACGACGGCGCUGAAGGAGCUCGUCACGACGCGCUUUGAAGAAGACGAGUACGGGUAUGACCAGGACGCGGAGGAUGACAGUGCUCUCGCCGAACGCGCACGUCAACUCUGGGGCGGGGACCCGUUGGGGUUGAAUCCUAAUAUUCGCAUUUAUCGAUACUCUGCGGGGCAGUUUUUCGGACAACAUUACGACGACGCCAACAACAUAACCCUCCCCCCACCAAACUUGCGCUCAAAAGCAACAGCCGCACGAACAACCUGGACCCUCCUGGUUUACCUGACGUCCUGCACAGGCGGCGAAACAAUCUUCUACCCGGAGCCGACGCGCGCGAACCGCAAUCCGGAGCCGAUAGCUGUUGCGCCGGAGGUUGGGAUGGCGCUGUUGCAUCGACAUGGAGAUCAUUGUAUGAUACAUGAGGGGGCUGAGGUAACUGGUGGGGAGAAGUGGGUUUUGAGGAGUGAUUUGGUUGUUCCGAGGUGA